AGCCGCCGCCUGUGAAGUCACUGCGGGUGAAAGAAUUUCCCCAAAGAACAGCAGUGCCUGGAUAAAGUUUCCCGACCGACCCAAGCAGACGGGGGCAAAGUCCUUUCUUCCGCCCUUUCUUCUGCCGUUUAAUGUUACAACAUUCUACCUGUUCAGGUGAACUGCAAUUGCUCAUGAAGUCAUAAAAGUCACCCUCCGAUGUCUCCCGCUUGUGUCCUCCACCUGACCGGUUCUAACCAGACCUGCAGGCUCAGCUCACAAUGGCGGAGGCCUCCCCACCGGCUCUAAACGACCCCGUCUGCCACAUCUGCCUGCAGCCGUUUGUCCAACCGCGGGACACGCCCUGCGGACACACCUACUGUGGUGUGUGUCUCGCCGGCUCCCUGCUUGAAAGCAACCUUUGCCCGGUUUGCCACGAGCCCCUCGUGAUGCAGAACUGUGAGAAACCCAGGCUGCUGGUGCAACAAAUGUUGGAGAAGAUGACUGUUGCAUGCCCUGCCACUGAAGUCCAGACCCGUGGUGACCUGGAGGACCCGAUGAACAACAGCAUUAUCAGCCGGCAGCCUGAAUCAGCUCUGGCGAUGGAGGAUGCCCCGCUACCCCCCAUUACCUCAUCUGAUUCCGGGCGUCAGUCACCGCGAACGGACCUGUGCGUCUCGUGCGGCUACAGCCACCAGCUGGAGGAGAACCACGAGUACCUUUACAAAGACGAGGUGGACAACGACCUGAUGUGCCACAUCUGCCUGCAGCCGCUCAUCCGGCCGCUGGACACGCCCUGCGGGCACACCUACUGUCAGGAGUGCCUCACCAGCUUCCUGCUGGAGAGCGACUUCUGCCCGGUGUGCCGCACGCCCCUCAUGCUGCAGAGCUGCAGGAAGCCAAGCUUGCUGGUACACAAGCUGCUAGACAAGCUGACUGUGGUUUGCCCCUUUAAGGAUCACUGCACCGAAGUCCUGGCCCGCGGUGAUAUGGCGGACCACAUCAAGUGCAGGUGCAAAGGCGCUUCUCACUAUGGGCUCUCGGCGGACAGGAAGCGGCGCUCACAGGAGGGCGAGUGCACGGACAGCACGUCGGAGCUCACCAUCGCCACGCUGCCCGGCGACGGCCCCACGUCCGCCGCCGUGGCCCUGUUGUCGGACGAGGCGGGUCUGGUCAACCCGGCCUUCGACGCCAGCAUGGAGGAGCACAGCCAGUCGGGCAGCACCAGCAGCCUGGCGGCCCGAUGCAGCAGCAAGAAGAGUGAGUUGCGGAGCCGUUCUUUCCGGAGGCUCAACCGGGCCUUCAGCGUCCUGCGGAGGACCAAGAGCGGCACCGCCGUCAACCACGAGACCUCGGAGGAACGGGACAACGCCAGGAAUUCCAGCGUGCCACAAGGAGUGUUCGCCCUGCCUCAGCUCCACCACCUGAUCCCCGACGGGGAAGUGACCAGUAUUAAAAUCACUCGGGCGGAGCCAUCCGAGCCGCUCGCCAUCAGCGUCGUCGGCGGCAACGAGACGCCGCUGGUGCGCAUCCUCAUCCAGGACAUCUACAGGGAGGGGGUCAUCGCCCGAGAUGGACGCCUGCUGCCCGGGGACAUGAUCCUCAAGGUGAACGGCAUCGACAUCAGCAACGUGUCCCACUGCUACGCCGUGGCCACACUAAAGCAACCGUGCCAGCUCCUGCGUCUCACCAUCCUCCGAGAGCAGCGCCACCGCUACCGCCACCCGCACGUGGCGGGCAUCGCAGGGGCCCACCCGUCCCACGGCCUGCCCCACCACCACCCCUUCCGGGACGACAGCGUCCACGUGGUGCUGAGCAAAAGCGCGCCGGACGAGCAGCUGGGCAUCAAGCUGGUGCGGAGGCCCGAGGAGCCUGGCCUGUACAUCUUUGACCUGCUGGAGGGCGGGCUGGCGGCGCGGGACGGGCAGCUGUGGGUCGGAGACCGCGUGCUCGCCAUCAACGGGCAUGAUCUGCGCUACGGUGCCCCGGAACACGCUGCUCUGCUUAUACAGGCUAGCGAGGAGGGCGUCCACUUCAUCGUGUCGCGUCAGAUCUGCUUACCGACACCUGACAUCCUCCAAGAAGCUCCGUGGGCCAUGGACGGCCCACCGCCGUAUUCCCCCGUGGACAUUGAACAAACACUUCUGGACUCGUGCCAGAAGCCCGCCUGCUACGAGAAGACGGUGACGCUGAGCAAGGAGCCGUACGACUCGCUGGGCAUGGCCGUGGCCGGCGGCAUGUCCAGCCGCGGGUGGGACCUGCCCAUCUACGUCACGAACGUGGACCCCGACGGAGUGGUGGGCCAGGAGGGCUCCAUACGCAAAGGCGACAUCUUGCUCAACGUGAACGGCGUGGAUCUGACGGGGGUGACGCGGAGCGAGGCCGUGGCCAACCUGAAGAACACCUCGUCGCCCGUGGUGCUCAAAGUCCUGGAGAUGCGCCCCCCCGACGAAGGUCUGCCGGAGGGCGAGCUGCCGCCCUGCCUUGCGCCCUCGCCCGACAGCAGCACCAAGAGCCCGCCGCCCAACAACAACGACUACUCCCCGCUGUGGGUGUCGUGGCUGCAGCUGCCCAGGCAUCUGUACAGCUGCAAGGACAUCAUGCUGCGACGGAGCAUGUCGGGCAGUCUUGGCUUCAGCAUCGUGGGUGGCCAGGAGGAGGUCAACUGCAACCAGUGCUUUUUUAUACGCUCCAUCGUCAAGGGCACGCCGGCCUACAACGACGGCGGAAUAAGGUGUGGGGAUAUCUUACUGGAGGUGAACGGAAAGAGUACGUGGGGCAUGACCCACAUGGCGUUGGUACGUCUCCUCAAGGAGCUUCGAGGACGGAUCACGUUGACCAUCGUGUCCUGGCCGGGAAGCCUGAUGUAAAUGGACUUUUGAGUGGCGCCCUUUUGAGACUGGACUUGUUUGUCUCUGGAAACAUGGACACGGAACCCUCGAGGUUCUACCACUGUAAAUGUCAGGUGUGUAAAAAAAACAAAAAAAAAACAACAAACAAAAACAAAAAAUGCCGAUUGAAGCACUUGUACUACAUCUGUUUAUCAUACAACACGUUGCCAAGUAGUUGUCUGUGUCGUUUGACUCAUUGUUUUCACAUUUAAAGAAAAUAAAAUGUGUUCAUAAGCUGUUUAAAGAUACUAUUGAAAUAAUUAGGUAACUUUGUGGAGGCCUUACUCAUUUUCUUACUUUUAAGAGAUUAAAAAAAAAAAAACUGACUUGGUUGCUGUGUAUCGGUCGGUGGUCUGCGGAAGCCGUCCGGCUUAGUUGUGCGUGUACGCUUCGGCCCGUGUCGUAUAUCUGAUAUCGGUAUACUUGGUUCAAUGGUCAAUAAAAGUCAUGUGUAAAAAAACACACUGUCAGCAAA